AAUAGAUCAAAUGAUAACAUAACAUUGAGAGCCACCUGCUGCCGUUUUCUUCGGCGACCAACGAUGCCGAUGCCGAAUCUUCCAAAGGAGUUGGUAGAGGAGAUUCUCAGCUUUGUUCCGGCCACAUAUCUGAAACGUUUGAGCGCUACUUGCAAACCAUGGAACCGUUUGAUCCACAACGACAAGAGAUUCGCGAGAAAGCACUACGAUAACGCCGCAAAGGAGUUUCUGGUUUUCAUGAUGAGGAAGAACUUCAGGAUUAUUCGGAGAGGCGUCAAUCUCCAUGGAGCUGAUCCAUCUGCAGAGGUGAAAGGUGAACUUACCCUACCAGAUCCGUAUUUUAAGAACUCAGCUGAUGAAUUCCAUAUAGAUAGAGUCUUUCACUGUGACGGCCUAUUGUUAUGCACCUCCAAACUCGAACGUAGAAUGGUUGUUUGGAACCCGUUAACUGGUGAAACCAAGUGGAUCCAAACCCACGAAGAAGGCGACAAUUUUUUUCUCGGAUACUCCCAAGAAGACAAGAACAUAUCCUGCAAAAAGAGCUACAAAAUCAUGGGGUUUUAUCGUAGUGGUAGCAAAGUUUGGGAAUACGAUUUUAACUCUGAUUCAUGGAGGGUUCUUAAUGGUAUCCUUCCAAAUUGGUACUUUGAUAAAUCUUAUAAGUGCGUGUCUUUGAAGGGAAAUACUUACAUGCUUGCUGGAGCUGUAACAGAUAUGGGCUUUGACCUAUCCUUGCAGAGUUACGAUUUUUCAACAGAGAAAUUUGCACCUGUGUCUCUUCCUGUUCCCUCUCAGGCCCGUAGUUUGAAUGGUGCUAAUCGUCUUUCCGUUGUUAGAGGAGAGAAACUCGCCUUGUUAUAUCGGCGAGAUAAGAGAUCCAAGGCUGAGAUAUGGGUGACAAAUAAGAUUGAUGACACCACCGAAGGAGCAGUUUCUUGGACCAAGGUCUUAGAAUUGGAUUUGAGCAGGGAGCUUCAUGCCUUGUUUACUUCAAAUUUCUUGGUAGACGAGGAGAAGAAAGUCUUCAUUUGUUGUGUGAGUUGGAAGGAAGACGAAGACGAGAACAAGUCCAAUAAAGUAUACAUUGUUGGGGAAGACAAUAUAGUCAAAGAAAUUGAUUCUGGAGAAGAUGCAACCAGUGGAUGUGAGCCAACUAUUCUUAGUUUGUAUGUUCCCAGUUUGGUCUACAUGUAAUCUCUCUCUUUUGUGUGAGUCUGUGUGUUUUUAAAAUUUAUCUUGCUUUGAAUAAUCCUUUGAACUGAU